ACAACGUCGCAGUCGUUAAUUAGGCUAGUAAUAAUUAACGAUAGUCGCUUUGAGUACAAGAAGUAACUUUUAAAUCAGUUCAGCUACUUCGUUUUUGCAUGCGUCGCGUAACUGAAAGGAACCUGACAACUACAAUUUGAGAUUUGGAGGGUUGUAACAGUAGUAGCCCUGCAGCAGCCAAGUUGCAUGCAGAAUAUCAUUAUUCAGCCGAGGCUCGGACUACUGCACAUCACACUGGAGAGUCUCUUUCGAGAACAAGGAUGAACCGGAGAAACUGAGGUGUAGCAUCGCAAGUGUUGUGGCCUCUGUGAUAAAUGUCAGCCUGUCCUGGUAUUUGUAUGGGUCUUUCUCCUCAACCAAGGAUCUCCCCUGGCGGACUGAACAAACGAGUCGACUCUAACAGAGCUACGCUUGUCCUCAAUCUACUUGUGGUCUGACGGCACUCACUGACAUCAAAGCUCUCCGUUCUUCUUACUAGCUCAUCCUUCUGCUUCUGUUAGAGUGGGGGAUGUCUGUUUUCUAACACCUCUCAGACUGCUUAUCUACUAGAUCUGUACCACUGCGACCAACACUGGACAUGGAGGACUAUGAUGUUCGCUCGGCUGCCAGCAUCCUGGCCUCAGUGAAAGAGCAGGAAGCGCGUUUCGAGCAGCUGACCCGAGCCCUUGAGGAGGAGCGUCGCAACGUCACCCUGCAGCUAGAGCGCGCCAACUUGCCUCCCAACACCCCUACCAGCCAACCGCUAGCAUGGCAGCAGGUGGUGAUGCAGGAGCAGAGCCCCAGUAACGCCACGUCUCUGGCUAUGAUGCAGGAGCCACAGGAGGUGGUGGAGGAGACGGUCACCAUAGAGGAGGACCCCGGCACCCCCACCUCCCACGUCUCUGUGGUCACCUCUGAUGACGGCACCACACGGCGCACAGAAACCAAGGAUAUCUCAUCUAACGUGAAGGUGACUAAGAUGGUGAAGACGGUGACCACACGGACAGUGCGUCAGGUCCCCCUGGGCCCCGAUGGCUUGCCGCUGCCUGAGGGCUCGUCUCCACUAGGCAGCUACACCGACUCCAUCGACCGGCGCUAUAUGAAGAAUGGAAGUGACCGCUUCAUCACGCCCCAAGCAACCUCCACCCUGACGCGCGGCUACAACAACUCCUACAAUGAUUCAUACGGCGAGACACCCGAGAGCCAGUACGUCCGCCACUAUGGCCUGCACGAUGGCUACACCGAUUUAACAGACAACUACGGCAGCCUGUCACGUGGUGUCAAUUUCCGGCCGCCACGCUACCCCUACCUGCCCAACAGCUACCGGCCAGAGAACAGCUACACGCUGCCUAUUCGCAAGGAUGACUACGGUCAUGUGGCGCAGCCCCAGGUGCCUAUGGGUAGCAGCACUGUUGAUCUGAACCGCUCCCAGCCAGAGCGCUUUCAGCCCGAGCCAUAUGGCCUGGAGGAUGACCGCCGCAGCUUGGGCCCUGAAGAGGAGGAGCCCUACGAGUUGGAGCCCGACUACUCCACUGCCAACCGCCGCACCCUGCAGGGUGCCAACCGGGGUCGCACCCACCGGGAACCGCUUCGUGAUGUGCCCCGAGUCAGAGGCUACCCGGACGAAGCCAUCGAGGCAGAGCUGAUCGAUGAGCGCCACCCCUACAUCCAUGGCAUGUAUUCAGCGCCGCUGGCCCAGCCGGAGAGGGGUAGCAUGGCCAGUCUGGACCUCAUGGGUGGCCGGCGCUCGCCAUCCAUUGACAGCAUCCGCAAGGAUCCACGCUGGCGUGACCCAGACCUCCCUGAGGUCAUCGCCAUGCUGGGCCACCCCAUUGACCCGGUCAAGUCCAACGCCGCUGCCUACCUGCAGCACCUGUGCUACGAAAAUGACAAGAUAAAGAAGGAUGUGCGUCAGCUGAAGGGGAUUCCUGUUCUGGUGGGGCUGCUGGACCACCCCAAAUCUGAAGUCCACCGCAAGGCUUGUGGUGCCCUGCGCAACAUCUCCUACGGCAAGGACAAUGACAACAAGGUGGCCAUCAAGAACUGCGACGGCAUCCCGGCCCUGGUCCGCCUACUGAGGAAGACCAAUGACAUGGAAGUUCGAGAGCUCAUCACCGGUACCCUGUGGAAUCUGUCGUCCUAUGAACCCUUGAAGAUGGUGAUCAUCAACCACGGCCUGCAGACCCUGACCAACGAGGUCAUUAUCCCGCACUCGGGGUGGGAGCACGAACCAAACGAGGACUCAAAGCCCCGCGAUGCAGAGUGGACCACCGUCUUCAAGAACACCUCUGGCUGUCUGAGAAAUGUGAGCUCAGACGGGGCAGAGGCUCGGCGCAGACUGAGGGAGUGUGAGGGAUUGGUGGACGCCCUGCUGCACGCCCUCCAAUCAGCUGUAGGGAAGAAAGACAUGGACAACAAGUCCGUGGAGAACUGUGUUUGUAUUAUGAGGAACCUGUCCUACCAUGUCCACAAAGAGGUGCCAGGGGCCGAAAAGUUCCAGGACCCCUCAGUGCCACAGGCCCCUGGCUCAGCAGGACCACAGAGGAAGAAAAAGGAUGAUGCCGGCUGCUUUGGUGGCAAGAAGGCCAAAGAGGAAUGGUUUAAUCAAGGCAGGAAAAACGGUGAGAACGACAAAAACUACGACACAUUGGAUCUGCCCAAGCGCUCAGAGCCAUCAAAAGGCUUUGAGCUGCUGUAUCAGCCGGAAGUGGUGAGGCUCUACCUAUCUCUGCUGACGGAGAGCCAGAACUACAACACCCUGGAGGCCGCUGCAGGGGCUCUGCAAAACCUCAGCGCUGGACAGUGGACCUGGUCCAACUACAUCCGAGCCACGGUGCGUAAGGAGAAAGGUCUUCCCAUCCUGGUGGAGCUGCUGCGCUCUGACUCUGACAAGGUGGUCCGAGCUGUGUCCAUCGCCCUGCGCAACCUGUCCAUCGACCGCCGCAACAAAGACCUGAUUGGAAGUUAUGCCAUGCGGGACUUGGUGAGCAAUCUGCCCAGCGGUCAGCAGCGGCCAGCCAAAAACCUCGAGGAGGACACCGUGGUCGCCAUCCUCAACACCAUCCAUGAGAUCGUCACUGACAGCUCUGAAAAUGCACGCUCCCUUGCCCAGGCUCAGGCCAUUGAGAAGCUGGUCGCCAUCAACAGGACCAGCCAAUCAGCUCGCGAAACCAAGGCAGCAUCCCACGUGCUGCAGACGGUCUGGAGUUAUAAGGAGCUGAGGAAUGCUUUGACCAAGGACGGCUGGAACAAAAGCCACUUCCAGCCCACAGUGACAGCAACCCCUAAAGCAACUAAGAACGGAAAACCAGGCUAUGAUGACACCACCCUACCGCUGAUGGAGAAGAACCAAGGCACCAGGAAAUGUGGCAGUGGUGAUAUGAUACCUAUGGAUGAGCUGGGUCCAGAUGGUUACUCCACCAUUGACCAGAGGGACAAGGACCUCAAAUACAAGACAGUGGACAGCACAGUGGACCAGACAGAACGGGAGCCAUUAAAGAAUGACACAAAUAGGAAACACUAUAUCAGGAGUAACAGGCCUGCGGUCAGUCUGGUGGACGCUUGUGAUGUUAAGCCCCAGCCUGUUGACUCCUGGGUCUAAAUGCAUGCAUGGCUUAAAAUAACGAGUGUGACAACCCAGCUAGAGGAGGAUCUCUCAUAUCAUCACUGCCAUUUCACAUGGAACUCAUCUUUGGAGUUGGACUUUGUACAGAAAAGAGGAUUUAAAAAAAAAAGAUCACAACAGCAACUACCCAGCAGCAGCCAGCAUUCUCAUGCUUUUCAGAAAAAAAAGAAAUAAAAAAAACAAUAAAAAGUGACUUAUCCUACUACUUUCUCAUAUCUACAUUCCCACUGGACAUCAUGUGAAUUUUACAGUGUUGACUCUUGUUGAGCUCUGCCGUUGACCGAGGCCGGUGCUGAUGAAGGAACGGACGUAUGAAGGGUGAACAAAGUGUGGCGAAGGAAGUGAAUGGAAAAGGAACGUUGCUGGAAGGAAACCUGGGGGAGAAGUAAUGCAAAAUGAAAGUUUUUUCGUUUUGGUUAUCACAACUGGAAGAAGUUCAUGCCUACAUUUUGUGGGUUUUGGAGAAUUUUACUUUCAGUUUGUUGUCAAGCUUUGGUAUUUGGACGUGAACUGGUGUGGACUAGUGUGUUUGAAGGUCACGGAAUGUUUGUUUUCAGAUUGGUGUGAUGGACACGAGGAAGGAAAAGGAAAGAAACCGAGCCUGAAAGGAGCUGUAGCAUAGUGGAUAAACAUGUACACCCAGCAGUCUGCUCUCAUAGACUACAAUCCAUUUGGUUCACUGUGUUUAUUUAAAAAAAAGUGCACUGAGAUGCUUUGAAAACAAAAGUGGUUAACAAGUGAUAUGAUGCCCUUAUAUAGAGUAAGGAGUCCGCAAGUUGUGGUCUGGAGAGAGGAAAGUGACAUAGUGUGUACUUCAGAUUGAGAAACAGUUUCUGUUCACACUGCAUCGCAAAAGUAAGCUAAAUCAUGGUCAACAUGUUGACCCUCACUCAAAGAGCUGUGGUCACUUGUGUAACCACUCAGGUUGCGUAGUGACGCAGUUUCAAGAGUUUCCUGGCUGGUUGCUUUUUGUCAAUGAUGUGUAUUAAAGAGGAUAUAAGGCAUUCUGUUUAUAAAUGAUUUGUGUUUUUGAAAAGAGGGGCAGAAGAUUGUUCUCUUGUUGAAAGUAUAGAUCUAAAAGCAUUUUUUAUUUUUGUUGGGUUUUAUAUAAAUGUAUAUUAGGGUCAAAAGGAAAAAAAUGGAAAAACUGAAGGAAAAAAAACAACAACAAAAAUUACCGACUUCUUAGUUGUAUAUUAAUAUCACAUUGUUUGGAAAGCACAUCUCAUUUGAUAAAGGUUCACCAUGUUUGUAAACAAGAAAUAACCACGUAACUUAAAUGUGUGUCAAAUAUUGUCGCAUUACGCUGACGAUCACCUAUUUAUAUUUUGUAUUUGUCAAAAAAAAAAAGUUACAGAAAAGAGUUUAUCUGCAGUGUUCUUUCUAAAGGCGAUGAAUUACAUGUUGACUGACAGCCCUUGCAUCUUUAAGCCAGACACUCUGGAGGGGGUCAAAGGUCAGACAGAGGUUACAGGACAGACGAGACGGCAGUGUUAAUAAAGGUUCCUUAUUUUUUCUUCCCGAUGCAUUGAAGUUACCGCCAACCCCUGAGCCCUCCUUCACCAGUGCAUCUUAAAGAGAAAUAUUCAGUCGUGAGCAUGAAGACAAACUGUACAGAUGUUUAUAUUCUAUUCUUUCCAAGUGCCAGUUUUUUUGUGGUGUCAUUUGGAUAUUAACUAAUUCAUUCAUGUGCAAAAAGAGAGUACAUGCAGGAGGACGAGUGGAUCUGGAUGUUUAAGGCAAAAUAAAAGAUUUGCAUCACACUGUACAAAACAAAGCAUCAAGUUUGGUCAUAUAGUAUAUAUUUUUACAACAAUUUAGGAUGGGCGGUUGAAAUGAAGAAAAGCAGAGAGAUACAGAAUCAUAUUGCAAUUUCUCUCUUGGUUGGUGAGACGGCACUUAAUGUGUCCAGUCUCCUUUUCAGCCUCAGUCUGUCAGUGAGACAGAGAGAGAACACACGUUGGUAUCACUCAUGCGUCAUCAAGGCGAAUGGCAUGUGCCUGCAUUGAAGUCUGAUUUUUCUUUGUGACGUAUGUGACUUUAUAAAGCUUGCAUAUUUUACACAGUGUUUACAAAGAUGUAUGUUGUGGUAAAAAUCAAUAAACUACAAAAAAACUUACUGUAUAAAUUUUAAUUUCAGAGGUUAAAAAAAAAGUUAUAAUACCCAGCAUCCCUUUUGUGUGUCCUCAGAAGUGUGUGCUUUCAUUGGACAAUACUGAACCCUUGCAACAAAGACCCAUAUGACUGUCUACUCCUGACUGCACUUUGCAGUACCACAACCAAAGGAUCUGGAGUUGUAUUUACAUGCAUUCUUAAGAAGGGGGUUUUGGUUUUGUGGAUGUACAGCCCAGUGUACAUUUACAAAAUAAAGAGCCAAGCAACUGUGCUGUAAAAUAACCGCAGGACACGGACACACAUUGAAUCGAACAAGUCUACCUGUGUAGAUAUAUCUGAUUCAAGACCGUCAAAAUAAAGUACUACUCAGUAGCAGAUGUGUUUGUACCUAUCAUGUGCCUUAACCUUUUCCAUGGUAGAUAAAAAUAAGUGUGUUUUAUAUAACUUUAUUCCUCCCUCUCAACUGUCAUCUCUCCAUCCUGUCUGUUCACCUCUCCCCCCUUUUCCUGUGUCACCCUCCCUCCCUCCCUUUUCCCUCCACUCACUCAUUCAUUCAUCCUGCACCCUCCUUACCCCACCGUCCCCCUUCAACCCCAAGUAGAAUAGACUGUUGGUGGGUUUCUGCCUUGUAUCACAUGUAUUAUAAACUUUUAAAAAGAUAGAGUCAUUCAAAUAAUGGUUUUGAUUUCCUAGAGGAGUAAAAGUUGUUAAUGCUUUCGUAGCGAGCAGAAGCGAUGCCACAGUGACAGAAUGUAUUAUGUUAAUUUUACUAAUACCCAGAGGCAAAUAUUACGCUUGUUAAACAUAACGGAAAAAUACUGGUUUGUAGAGUAUAAAUUUGGUGUGUUUUCAAUAAAUCAUGCCUGGAAAGAA